UUUUAUUUGUACAGGCGGAUUUAAAUGCUGACCCCGUCUGACCCCAGCAGGAGAGCCCCGCCAUCUUUGUAUUCCGCCAUGGCGCCGGUGACCAGGAACAAGCGGCGGAGGCUUCCCCUGCCCAAAACAACCAGAAAACGCCGCAAACCCGCCAAGAAACAGGCGGCAGUUCCCUCAGAAACGGCGGGGCUGAGUCUCAUGGGCCUGAGCGAUGAAGUUAUCGACCACAUCCUGAGUUACCUGCAGGGAAAGGCGCUGUUCAACGCCGCCCAGGUCUGCCGGAAGCUCCGGGCGCUGGUGGACGCGGAAGGAUUCUGGAGAAGAAAACUGCAGAUGGCUGUACAACCACGGCACGUCCACCUUCGAGCUGGGCUGGUACGCACUCCUCCGCGCGCCGCCCGGACACACCUACAUCAUGACCACCAAGGCCAAACAGGUCUUCAACGUGGAGCAGAGAGAUCUGGAGAAAAUUUACAGAGGCCUGGUUGGUUCCCAGGUGGACCUGCGUCCAGCCAACAACAAGGUGUACAAGUGGAGCGACAUCUACGACUACCUUCUGGACCGUGAGGAGGGGCGGGAGGGCCUGCAGCUGUACGUCCUGAAGCGCUGCGGAGCCGUCAACACGAUACAACAGCAGUACAAGCUGGCGCGCGAGAGGUGCCGCGCCGGAGAGUUCAAGUCCUUCUACGACUCUCUCCCGUCUCACGAGCGCGGAAUGUUCACCAUGACGGGGCAGAGGGACUACUACUUCAGGGUGGGGCCGGCGGGGUCCGGGCCUCACCUUCACCACCGCCUCACCAUAGACUUUGUGGACGGGCAGCUUCACCGUGGCAUGGAGACGGUCAAAGGUUACAUGCACGCGCUGUUCCGACUGGUGAACUACCUGAAGGACGAUAUGCGGAUCCCGGAGUGGGACGCGGAGCACGAGGCCAUGCGGCUGUGCAACCUGCACCUGUACCACGCGCUGGUGCCCGCGGCGCAGGACCGCGUGGUGACGGACUCGGAGUUUUACGAGCGCGGCGUGGCGUUCCUGGAGAGGUGGAUGAGACUGUACCACUGGAGGGUCCACGACGACAUCCUCAGGUGCCUGGACAUCCUGCAUAGGAAGGACAUGAUCAAGGAACACCCCAAGUUCAAAGCCUUUAUGAAGGAGGGGAGGGAACAGGACUUCAAGGACCUGGUGUCGUACUUCCGGAACAUGACCAAGUUGUACAAGUGCCUGCAGCCCUACUCCUGUCUGAAGAAGAUCUUCAAGCAGGACUCGGCCGAGAGUUUCAGCUCCUUCAUGGAGAGUCCCGGCAGGUUCGCCAGCGAGAUCAAGGGUUACUAUAGCGCAGGAGUGUCGUUUGGCCCGGUCCCGUGGUUCAGCGAGCCGAAGCAGGACUCGGACUUUGCGCCGGUUCGGCGUACGAUGGACGAGUUCCUUCAAACGGGUCGGGCGGCCACGCUGACGAAGCUUCUGACGCUGCUGUGUGACAAGUCGGACCGGAUCCUGGACCGGCAGAAGGCGGACACGGACCAGCUCAGGAGGAGCGCCCGCCAGGUGGUGAGCGACGAGUGCAGGGACAGGCCAAAGAAACACUAUUGAACUCUUACUGACCGCUUUAUAAUUAUCAUCUGUGUUGUAGACAACCAAGCUCUUAUUCUUAAUCUAUAAACAUUGGUCAUUCCUUCUGUCUUUCUUCCUGAGGGCUGUUAUGACUGCUUGUCCUAGGGAGGUUAGCAGAAGAGUUGCCUUUGCCUUGGUAGGUAGGAACAGGAACUUGUUUCAGGUACAAGAAAACUGAAAUGUCAUAUGAUCUGUGUAUGAUCUACCAACCUGAUGAAACUGUCCAUGGUUGUUUGUAGUAUGGUUUGACUGUAGAUCUACACUUAAUGUAAAUGUACUUUUCUAAACAUUCUGCUAUGCGACUCAGGCCAUCUGGUGGGUACAGGUAUUUUGGCCGUUCUCCAAAAGUUGCACAACUGAAAAUUUCAGGCAGCCCUUUCCUCUCAAGUUGUGGUCAAACCAUACUACAAACGUUACCACAUCGUAUGUAUAGACUAUUUAUUUGCUGUUGAUUUUCUACAACUGAGAAUCAGGACCAUAUUUUUCCAACGUUUCAGUCAUAGUCUGCUAUUCUCCUUCGGUUGGUGACUCGUGAAAAUGUCACUGGUCUAAUUUAUUAUGACAUAGUUUCUAUGGUAGGACCACAGAAGCUAUGGCUUACAGUCUAUCUCUAGGAAGUGGCAGACCAUGGCCUGUUAUAUAGGAGAGUAUGCUCCUGAUAUUUGUCCUGUAGCAGUUAUAUGUUACUACUGAAGACUGGUAUUGAUACAGCCAGCCACUAACUGCAUCAUGUUUCC